CCACACUCAGGUCCUGCGCCUCGCUUUUCUCUUCCCUUGCUGUGCAUUUUCCAGGAUAACUGUAACUCAGGCCCACAAUGGACGCCCUGCAGCUGGCAAAUUCAGCUUUCGCAGUUGACCUGUUCAAACAACUGUGUGAAAAGGAGCCAGCAGGCAAUGUCCUCUUUGCUCCGAUCUGUCUGUCCACUUCCCUGUCACUUGCUCAAGUAGGCACCAAAGGUGACACAGCAAACGAAAUUGGACAGAGACCUUAUGCAAAAGAAAUGGAAACAGUUGACUUCAAGGAAAAAUUGGAAGAAACGAAAGGCCAGAUCAACAAUGCAAUCAAGGAUCUCACAGACGGCCACUUUGAGAACAUUCUCUCCGACAACAGUGUAAGUGACCAGACCAAAAUCCUUGUUGUUAACGCUGCCUACUUUGUUGGAAAGUGGAUGAAGAAAUUUCCUGAAUCAGAAACCAAAGAAUGCCCUUUCCGAGUCAACAAGACGGACACCAAGCCAGUGCAGAUGAUGAGCCUGGAAGCCACGUUCUGCAUGGGCCACAUCGACAGUAUCAACUGCAAGGUCAUAGAGCUCCCCUUUCAAAACAAGCACCUCAGCAUGCUCGUCCUGCUGCCCAGGGACGUGGAGGACGAGUCCACAGGCCUGGAGAAGGUUGAAAAACAACUCAACCCAGAGACGCUCUUGCAGUGGACCAAUCCCAGCACCAUGGCCAAUGCCAAAGUCAAACUCUCCAUUCCAAAAUUUAAGGUGGAAAAGAUGAUUGAUGCCAAGGCUGGUCUGGAAAACCUAGGGCUGAAAAAUAUCUUUAAUGAGAAUACAUCUGAUUUCUCUGGAAUGUCAGAGACCAAGGGAGUGGCCCUCUCAAAUGUUAUUCACAGAGUGUGCUUAGAAAUCACGGAAGAUGGUGGGGAGUCCAUAGAGGUGCCAGGAUCACGCAUCCUACAACACAAGGAUGAAUUCAAUGCCGACCACCCAUUUAUGUACCUCAUCAGGCACAACAAAACUCGAAACAUCAUUUUCUUUGGCAAGUUCUGUUCUCCUUAAGUGGCAGAGCCCAGGUGAAGUCCCGCCUGACUUCUCUGUGAAUUCUGUAUCCAGAGAAUCACUGUCUAAAUGUGAUAACUUGUUAAUAUUGCUGGAUAAGGAACCCUCUGGUACUUGUCAUAUGUAACCUUCACGCUAAUAGGCCCAUCUUUUCUUUUGUUCCCUGCUCUCCACCCCGCCCCCACAACUCCUCCAUAAAAGACAAUGCUUGGAAUGAAAAUGUAUCACUCCAGAAGUGAAAUAUGUAUUCAUCAUUUGUCAAACUAUCUAGGGUUAUGGGCAGGAAUACAGUCUUUCACAAAGAAAUUUCUUGUAAGGAGGACCUGGAGGAUUUUAGUCUCAGAGCUUUGCUUCCCUUCACUGGGAUAUGGAAUGUUCCAGACAUUCUCACUUUCCUAAAAGACUGAAGAAAUGUGCACAGGAUCCACAAAACUUUCCUGGCUCCCGUGAAACUUGGGCACAUGUUCAGGCUACUGUGGGGCCACAGCUCCAUAUACUAAACCCUGUGGGACAAAUGUUUCCUUCAAACUCUGAUUUUUUGGGGGUUUUAGAAAGAUAAGUUGCACAAACUGUAUGUUAUGGAACUCCAUUGAUAGUCUGAAACAACACCCUGUAAAUCAAUACCUUAAUAUUUCUGCCUCAAGUUGUAGAGUGUUGACACAAAAGGGACACAACUCUAAGUAACCCAGGAGUGUCAGGGUUUGCUGACAAAUGUGGAUGCCAUCAGCUUAUGAACAAGCUUUGUUUUCAGAACUUUUUGAGAUUUUGGAAUGUAGGGUAAGGAAUUGCAGACCGGUAGUAGCUCAAGUGCAGCCCCUUGAAGAGAAAGUUCAGAUCUCAUUAAAAAUUCACUUUCACUUUUGAUAGACUGUCCACCUGGUUGUAUGAUUGGUGAUAGGCCGCUGGCAGGGGCUUCUAAUGGACUCAGCAAGGUUUUGGAUGUCUGACAACCGGGGACUUAAAAUUCACAGGGACUCUUAGGGUAGCCAAUAUAAGAAUUUUAUGAGUGUUGAA